AUGGUCCUGCAGGAACUGGAAGCUCAAUUCCCUGGGCGAUCAAAGCAAAUUGCCACAUUGCUACAGCUCAUGGGCGAGCCUAGCGAUGCCGUCCUUCCCAGCAUUUUCAUUUACGGCCACCCUUCUUCAGGCAAAACCAGUGUUGUUCGUGCCAUUCUCGAAAAGACGCUUGCUCGAUCCAUGUGGUCAUUUAUCAACUGCAUCGAAUGUCAUACGCCACGCAUGCUGUUCGAACACACAAUCAACCAGUGGUGCGAUUGGACGCCUUCAUACGAGAACAAGUAUACGGGUGUACGCCGAAUAGACAACAUUCAUCAAUUUGUGAAGGCGAUCCAGGAGGGCGUUGCAUUGGAUGAUGAGAGGAUGAUUCAGUUUGGUGAUUCAGAGACGCGAUAUCUUGUACUCGAUCGUGCCGAGAGACUUCGUGACAUGGGAUCGACUUUGAUUUAUUCAUUAUUACGGCUAGCAGAAAUGACGGGUCGAAAUAUUUGUGUCAUCAUGAUCAGCACGGUGGUGUUUGACAAGUUCAGAGUUCGAGGAGGUGCCUAUGAACCACUGGUGAUGCGAUUUCCUGAAUACACAAAGCAAGACACAAUCGAGAUCCUGCGUAAAGGUUACACCACGCGUUUGAUCCAAGUGGAAGGUCGAGAUCCUGUUGAGCUCAAUGACGAAUUUGUCGACGGCUUUUCUGAAAUCAUUUACAACAUCUUCAAUCACAACUGCAAGGACAUCAAUGAAUUGCGUUAUCUCGCGGCACUUUUGUUUCCGAUAUACAUCAGACCUUUGAAGGAUGGUGAUUCAAGGGUAUCCGAGCGAUCAAGGUUGUAUCAGCUGGCAUUACCAUUCUUUGCCAAAGCAACAGAUAAACUCUACUUGAGAGAGGUUUCGAGUGCUGAAUGGGCCAAGGAAACGAAGCGAUUGGAUGAAUUGGAUGAUGCUGAAGCAGAGGAUCUUUUUCGAAAGCAAUCACGUGACAAAGGCUAUUUCGCAUUACCGUAUUACACAAAAUUCUUGUUGAUUGCUGCGUUCCUGGCAUCUUAUAAUCCUCCGCGAUACGAUGUACGAUACUUUGCCAAGGCCGGUGAGGCACGCAAGCGUAAGAAAGGAGGCGGUACUCGUAAAGCCAAAGUAGACAAUCUCGGUGGCAAGAUGCGACCUCAGCUUCUUGGUCCCAAAGCUUUUCCUGUUGAACGUAUGCUGGCCAUCUUUUACAGUAUUAUCGAUGAUACCCUUGAAGACUCGAUCGAUAUUCAAACACAGAUUACAAGCUUAACGACGCUACGGCUUUUGGUGCGAUCAAACAAUCUCGAGCGAUUAGAUGGCUCCAGGUUCAAGUGCAAUGUUAGUUUCCAAUUCAUCAAGGCUGUGGCAUCUAGUGUACGCUUCGAAAUUGAGCAGUAUCUAUUUGAUUUUUGUUGA